CUCCCCGAUCGGCGGCCGGCCACGAUCGGUUAGAUGUAUAAAUAACGCAAAGCCGAGGCAAGACGCUAAAGUUUUCGCGUGGUGCUCCAUCAUGACACGCCGGGCUUCUCUCAUUCAAGUAUUUGUCUACGUGACGCUCGCCGUCGCGAUUGUUGCGGCCAACCAAGAGGCGUGCGACAAGACGAAAUGCCCGGGCCCGUUGAUGUAUUACGAUGCUCUCGGCUGUAAGCCGGUAUACGACAAGGAGGGCGACUGUUGCGCCACGAAAUACGACUGCGAUCACCUGAAAGAGAGAGCCACGGACAAAUGUCACGUCAACGGCAAGGAAUACGCGAUUGGCGAAAAGCUCAAGGACGAGGACGCGAACCCCUGCGACAAAGGAUGCGUCUGCAGGAUGGGCUACGACGGAGAUGCCGCGUUCACGUGCGCCGUCAUCGAUUGUUUCUCCGUUCCCCACCCUGGCUGCUACAGACGAAAGUCGCCGUUGGAUUGUUGCCCCGGAGAAACGAUCUGCCCCGAAAAACCAGAAGACAGAGCUACUUGUAUCGUGAACGGAAAAACGUACAGGGACGGCGAGUAUUUCGAGGUGGAGGAUGACCCGGAACUGAACUGCAUCUGCCAACCAGGAUACGAGGGUAAAAACGUCGAGCCCUUCUGCGCCAGGCCGAAACGUCCGUAUUGUAGCCCUGACUUCUACGACACUUACAACAUUCGUCAGCACUGCGCACCGGUUUACUACAGCAAUCAAUCGCCCCAGACCGACUGUUAUCUGAGCACGAGAUGCCAGAACGCUAACGACACCGUCAUUCACAAUCACGACGACUUGAAGUCCGCGGAAACGCCGGACGAAGAGAACGUGUGUCAGUUUGGCAACCUGAAGAUGCAUCUCGGCGACGAGCUGAAUCAAGCCACUGACUACAGUUCUGUGUGCGUCAAGUGCGUUUGCGAGGUGCCGCCUACACCAACCUGCCAGCGUUUGCCGGACAAGGAGUGCGACGUCACGAAACACCCACCCUUCCAGCACUAACUACUUCGAAUUCUGUGAUACCGUCAAAUUACCUUUAUUCUACGGCUCAUUUUUCGUAAUAAAAAUAUCGACGUUUACCGCUUUGUACUUUGCUCGCAUGAUGAAAAUGCGGAAAUGAGUGUUUCACCGCCUAUCUUACGUGACAACAUCGAUGAACGACCGAAACAAAACAAUGGGAAGAGAAAGAAAAAGAAAGAGAGGGAGAGAGAGAGAGUGCAAUUACAUGAUCUUCCAUAACUUGAUGUGCGCAAAGCCUGACAUUUAUUUUCUUAAUCAUAAUUUUUGACGUUAAUCAAUUCCACGAUUGAUUAAUUAAGUUCUGUAAAGUGACUCAUCUUCUCUUUCUUUGCCUCGACUUUUCCACGGUUACUGGUCUUUUCAUGCGAUAUUCAUCAUCUGAAACUUUAUUAAGUGAUGUACGGCAUAUAAAAUGCAUCCGAGUGAUUAUA